UUGUCUGUGUAUAUUCCAGCUUUUGGUGACUACUGAUAGCUUCAACAGAGAUCGCGAACAGACCGAUCUGUUCUGGUAACUCCUCUUGAAAGCAUCAUUCCAAAAACCAAGUAGUGGGAAAUUUUCACAAGGUGACACCAUGGGCUGUUGGGCAAAACUGAAGUCUUCUGGAUGGGUUUACCCCACCACAGUGCUGUCAAUCUAUGGCUUUCUCGCUAACUGCCGAGUAGCAGAGCCCUUCCUGACACCUUACCUAAUUGGACCAAACAAGAACAUCUCUGAGGAGGUGGUGACCAACUACCUGUUUCCCAUCUGGACGUACUCCUACCUGGCCUUUCUUUUCCCAGUCUUCCUCCUGACUGACUUCCUGAAAUACAAGCCUGUCAUUAUGGUACAGGGGCUCUUUCUUGUUAGCAACUAUCUCUUGCUAUCUUUUGCCCCUGGUCUGCCUGCGAUGACCUUCCUUCAGGUCAACUUUGGAGUGGUGACUUCCACAGAGGUGGCCUACUUCUCUUAUAUUUACAGCGUGAUUCCGCUAGAAAACUAUCAGAAGGCUACAAGUUACCUGCGCAGCGCCAUGCUGACUGGAUACACGUUUGGUGCCAGUCUUGGCCAAAUGCUCGUCUCCCUUGGAGGGGUGGAUUAUUUCUACUUAAACGCUAUAACUCUGGGGAUCGUUUGCGUCGCGUUUAUCACCUCCUUCUGGUUGCCCAUGCCCAAAAAGAGCAUGUUCUUCAGAGGGGAGAAGGCCGAGGACUCCCUGUCGCAGAACGAAGGCUCGCUCAAAAACGACAGACGGAGAGGUUCAGAGGCGGACAAGGAAGGUGAAUCGUCGGAGGACGAGAGGACCGGGCAUGCUGGUAGUGCUGGCUGGUGCAGCGGGAAAGGUGUGACCACUGCAGGUCAUUUACUCUGGAAAAGCUUCAAGGAAUCGUACUCUUCUAGGCAAAUAGUGUACUGGUCCCUGUGGUGGGCUCUGGCCACAGCUGGCUACAUGCAGAUCUUUAACUAUAUCCAGCUAAGAUGGGACCAUAUAGAACCAUCCGCCUCAUCAUCGAUCUACAACGGGGCAGUAGAAGCUGUAUCUUCUGUUGUUGGUGCUGCCGCGGCCUUCUCUGUGAGCUUCGCCAGAGUGACCUGGGCCACGUGGGGAGAGCUGGCGCUGGGGCUGUUCUCGGCCGUGUGCUCAGGCGCCGUGUAUCUGAUGGCGUUCACCGGCAGCAUCUGGGCAUGCUAUGCCGGAUACGUCAUAUUCAAAUCCUGCUACAUGUUCCUCAUUACCAUCACGAUCUUUCAGAUAGCAUCCAACCUGUCCAUGGAGUGCUAUGCUUUGACGUUUGGGAUCAACACCUUCGUAGCCCUCUCACUGCAGACCGUCAUCACCGUCAUCGUUGUGGAUGAAGCCGCUCUGGGACUGGACAUUGUCACACAGUUUAUCAUAUACGGCAGCUACUAUGCCGCCAUUUCCGUUCUCUUCUUGAUCCGAGGGACCUACACCGCCUGUGCGCGCCACAGAUCUGUGGAUCGGACAGAGCCAAGGGAAAAAGAACCAGGCGUGGAGGUGAUCGCUGCUGAAUAUUUGUAAUCUGCAUCAAUAAAUUGACU